CUGCGCGCGGGCAAACCGUGGGCAUGGGCAGCACGGUGGCUCAGUGGUUAGCACUGUCGCCUCACAGCAAGAAGGCCCUGGGUUCGAAUCCCGGUCUUCCCGGUCGUAACUUUCCGUGUGUAGUUUGCAUGUUCUCCUCGUGUCUGCGUGGGUUUCCUCCGGGUACUCCGGUUUGCCCCACCAUCAUAAAGACAUGCACCGCUGUGGCUACUGAUGUAGCUCCACCACCGGGAUGACUGUGUGUGACGGGAACGUUGAUUCAUCUGCCGCCAUGCUUCCCCGGAUAGGGAAAGAUUUCCUGGUCCGGAUGCAGUUCAACUGGCGGCCGCUCUUCCAGGGCCGAGCCCUGCUGCUCACCAACACCCUGAGCGGGGGCAUAUUACUGGGACUGGGAGACAUCGUGCAGCAGAGCCGGGAUAAACUCAAACAGCCAGACAGAGUACGAGACUGGGGGAGGACAGGUCGCAUGUUCACAGUGGGCUGCUCCUUGGGUCCUCUGCUGCAAUACUGGUACAUCUGGCUGGACGGAGUGUUUGUUGGCAAAGCUCUGAAAACUGUGGGAAAGAAGGUUCUGGUGGACCAGGUGGUCGCCUCGCCGUUUUUGGGGAUGUGGUAUUUUGUAGGUAUGGGUCUCCUGGAGGGACACUCUGUCGCCGACGGAUGGAAGGAGUUCUCAAACAAGUUCUGGGAAUUUUAUAAGGCGGACUGUUGUGUCUGGCCUCCUGCUCAGAUGAUCAACUUCUACUUCCUCCCUCCUAAAUUCCGAGUAGUGUACAUCAACUUCAUCACCGUGGGGUGGGACACCUACCUCUCCUACCUCAAACACAGAGAUGACAGCCACACUGAGCUGCCAUCAGACAGCAGUGCUGUGGACGCUCAGCUCCCGGCAGCCCAACCUGUGGAGGAGAAGAGCUAGAGCUCCAUGAGGAGAAGAUGUAGAGCUCCAUGAGGAGAGGAGCUAGAGCUCCAUGUUGUUCUCUCCUGUCGCUCCAGGCAGAUCAAAGCUGUCUCACUGCCUCUCAGCUGCUUCCGCUGAUGAUGGAGGUUUUAUGAACAAAACUUUCCCCCAGACGUUUAAAUGUGAGUUAGUUGAUCCCCGUUUUUUUGUUGUUGUGCGAAACUACAAUAUUUAAACUGUCCAAAUAUCCAACAGAGAUUUCUUAAACUCUGAGCUGUUUAUGUUUCUGGUUUAAAAUGAAAGAAUCUGAAUUGAUAUGAAACAUCUGAUGUGUUUUCAUCUCUAAUACUAACCUGUAUAAACUUUGCCUUAAUGUUUAGACUAAUGUAUAAUUUGAUGUCAUCUUCAGUUUAUCUCUUUGAAGUAUUUAUGAAAAAAUUGCACUAUUCUGAUUACGUGCAUUAAGAAUAUAUUUUGCUAUAUAAUUAUUUAUUUACACAUAUUUCAUUUUCUUUUUCAUGAAUCCUCAACUGUAAGACUGAAGCAAUACAAUCAUUUUAUUUUUUAACUGGCAUACAUUUAAUACUUCAUUUUGAAUGUGACUUGAUAUCCUGCACUUAUUGUAUGGUUCCAGAUGCUAUUUUUACUAAUGAAUAUUUAACUACAUAAAUUAUGUUUAACAACAGAAA